GUAACUCCACCUCGAGCGCUCGUCCUCGCGCACAGGGAGCAGCCAGCACUGAGACCAUGGGAGGGACGUCGCGGCACGGCCCUGAGGACUGCCGCUUUUUGGAUGCAGAAGCAUCCAAGACCCAAAAGAAGACCUGCACCAGGUACAAGGUCUGCGGGCUACUCUUCGGCGUGCUGCUCAUUGCUCUCAUCCUCGUGCUCUUUGGUGUCAAACACCUGGGGAACUCAGCACCCAGACAGGUCUAUGACAUGGAGCACACCUUCUUCAGCCACGGCGAGAAGAAGAAAAUCGUGAUGGAGAUCGACCCGCUGACCAGGACGGAGACCUUCAGGAGUGGGAACGGCAGUGAGGAGAUCCUGGAGAUCCACGACUUCAAGAACGGAAUAACCGGCAUCUUCUUUGUGGGACUUCAAAAGUGCUUCAUCAAAACUCAGACCAAAGUCAUACCUGAGACUACAGAGGCCAAGAUCCCUGAGCUGGAGGGUGAAGAAAUCACCACCACCUACUUUGAGCAGUCCAUGGUCUGGGUGCCUGGCGAAAAACCCAUUCAGAACAAGGAGUUCCUGAAGAGCUCCAAAAUUUUUAACAUUUGUAGAAACGUGACCAUCUACUGGAUCCACCCAACGCCGAUAGCAGCUCCGGAGCUGGCUGGCCUGGAAGGAACAGAAGAAGAUGACACCGGGCUGUUCACGGAUGAGCAGAGCUGGCUGCAUGGGGGCAAUGAGCGUGGGAUGGAGGCUGCCCUGCCAGGACCCAAGCGCCGGGCACGGCAGCUGACAGAAGAGGACCUUCCUGUCAACGACUACACGGAGAACGGGCUGGAGUUCCACCCUCUGUGGGACGAGCGGGGCUACUGCUGCGCACAGUGCCGCCGUGCCAACCGCUACUGCCGGCGGGUCUGCGAGCCGCUGCUGGGCUACUACCCCUACCCAUACUGCUACCAGGGCGGCAGGGUGAUCUGCCGUAUCAUCAUGCCCUGCAACUGGUGGAUCGCACGCAUGCUGGGCCGGGUGUAAGCCCCAUGCGCACCCACUGAGCCUCCAGGUAGAGGCCUGCAGGCCGUGGGAACCCCCAGACAGGCUGUGGGACCCUGAGCGUGGCUCCGAGGGCUGGGCCAGGCUGGCGUCAUCGCCCCACCGAGCGGCAAGAGGCAAGCAAUAAAUGUCCUGUAUGAGCGAUUGCAAA